AUGAAAACAAAUUUUUCAAAAUUCUUUUGUAAUUUUUUAGAAAUAGGAAAUGAAAUCAGAGAAUUACUGUUCGAUGGAAACAUGGGAUUGGUUGAGAACCUAAUAGAUGCUGCAGAAGGGUCUGAUGUCAAUACAGCACUCAAGAUUUUAGCUGAAUUAAAAGCGUUGGCAUCAUUUAAAUUCGAUCCAAUUUUUUUGGAUGAAGGAAUUCAGGAAAAAAUAGAUGAUUUAGGGAAAUUGUUUGAUGAUGAUGACUCUAUUUGGGAUGCCAUUGAGUCUCUUAAGUCUACUGUUCUUUCUUGGGAUAAUACCGAAGAGAAAAAAUAG